UUCAUAUUCAUAUUUCUUCGAGUUUUUCUUGGAAGUCAUACGCUAGAUCAAAUUUUCAUUUUGAAUGGUCUGCUUUUAGAAAAAUGCGAAUAGAUGGAGCUGUUGAAUAGAAAUAAAAGUAAUUAGAAAGUUUGCUAAAUAUAGAGUGGUGUAAUUGUGUGAGCCGUGAAAAUGGAAGUUUUUCAAACUGAUAAUUAUUACAUUUUCGUGAAACGCGAAAAAAGUCUGUGGUGGCAUCGUAAAACCUCGGAGUUUACAAUUAAAGCAGGUUGGGACUUGUCCUCAGUGGAUGACAUCGAGUGUAUUGGCAUUACACAUGGCAUUGUGGGUGUCAUCAGCUUACCAAAUGUCUACGAACCGCACUUGGUGAUUGUGAAGGAGGCCACUCCCGUCGGGGUACUUUAUGCUCCAAGUUUAGUGUAUAAAAUCAAAUCGAUUUGCAUUUUGAACGCCGACGAACCUGACACAGUAUUGACUUCUUGCACAAGGCAUUCUAGAAGCGCCAAUAGCACGCCUACACACCGGCCAACAUCGAAUACUUCCACUAUAGGCAGUACCAACAAAACAUCCACUUCCACCACGAAAACAAGGCUGUUUGAAGGUGCACAGCUGAUGAACAAAACAUGGGGCGCUGUAAAGAAUGCGGGAAACACUAUUAAGAAUACCACACAGCAAGCUGCUGCUUUGGCGUCCAAUCAGGUGAAGUCUUCUGUGGGUAUACGUGAUCCUUCGCGUAUUGAAAAGCGCAUCACCGAAGAGCUGCAUAAGAUAUUUGAUGAUACAGAUAGUUUCUACUUCAGUUUAGACAGCGACAUCACCAAUAAUUUGCAGCGACAAAGUGCUUGCGAUGAACAAAGGCAACAAAGUGAUGAGCGUUUCUUUUGGAAUAUGCAUAUGAUUGCUGAGCUCUUGAAGUUCAAAGACAAUACAUGGAUAUUGCCAGUUAUACAAGGAUUCGUGCAGGUGGAACCUUGCGUGAUAGGUAAUGAAUGCUUUACAUUGGCGCUGGUAUCGCGCAGGUCACGAUAUCGCGCAGGCACUAGAUAUAAGCGACGUGGCGUCGACGAGGAGGGCAAUUGCGCCAAUUAUGUCGAAACGGAGCAAAUAUUAUCUUUUCGUCACCAUCAUUUGUCAUUCACACAGGUACGUGGUUCUGUGCCCAUCUUUUGGAGUCAGCCAGGUUACAAAUAUCGACCUCCGCCACGUUUGGACAGGGGUGAACAAGAAACGCAGGAGGCAUUCGAAUUGCACUUUACAAAAGAAAUUUCAUUGUAUGAUGGUGUUUGCAUUGUCAAUUUGGUUGAGCAGAGCGGUAAGGAGAAAUUGAUUGGCGACACAUACGCAAAACAUGUCGUAUUAUACAAUAAUGAUCGUUUGACAUAUGUUACUUUUGAUUUCCACGAUUACUGUCGUGGCAUGCGUUUCGAAAAUGUUUCUGCGCUCGUGGAAGCACUUGCUCCCGAAGCAGGCGCAAUGGGUUUUCAUUGGCGUGAUCAGCGUGGUGUUAUUUGUAAUCAAAAAUCAGUAUUUCGGGUGAAUUGUAUGGAUUGUUUGGAUCGCACAAAUGUUGUAGAGACGGCAAUAGGCAAGGCCGUGCUGGAAUCUCAACUGGUUAAGUUGGGCUUAUCGCCACCAUAUACACCGAUACCGGAACAAUUAAAAUCACCAUUUAUGAUACUUUGGGCCAACAAUGGUGAUAUAAUAAGCCGACAAUAUGCGGGCACAAAUGCGCUAAAGGGCGAUUAUACGCGCACCGGCGAGCGUAAAAUAAGUGGCAUGAUGAAGGACGGCAUGAAUUCGGCAAAUCGUUUCUUCAUUCAAAAUUUCGCUGAUUCCUUCCGGCAAUGCAUAAUUGAUUUAAUGCAAGGCAAGCUGGUCGAAGCUGAUCAAUUGAAAGAGGAUGAAGUUAUGAAGACAAUAUUAUGUAUUCUCUGCUCGUCUGCCCCGGCGCCUACACACGGUUACUAUCACGCCGGUGUGCUUGGUCCGGAAUUGCAUUUUCUGGAAAAUAUCGUAAACGCAAGUUAUUAUCUAGCGCGUUUUAAAGAUUCCUAUCGUCAAGCCACCAUCGAUCUCAUGCUCGGAAAUCAAGUUUCCGCCGAGUCAUUGAAUGCGUUAGGCGGUCAGAAUGUACCUGACGAAACCGACGCUUUAGAGGGUGCAGAGCAAGCAAAAUUGCUCGUGGAUGAUUGUCGUCGUUUGUUGCUUGGUUCCGCGCAAUAUCCCGUGGGGUCGUGGGGUCUUAUCGAUGCCGAUCCAACUACUGGUGACCUCAACGAAACCGACGUGGAUACUGUGUUGUUGCUCACCGAUGAUUGCUACAUUGUAGCCGAAUAUGAUUCACACUUGGAUAAGAUUGUGCGUUUCGAAAAAGUGCAGUUACAGAAUAUCACGCUAAUAGAGUUGGGCAUGUAUCAGCAAACGAAAUUGUUUCAAGGCUCUGCCCCAGCUUUGCUCUGUUUAAGGCUCAACUAUACUGUCGACGGAGUGGACGGAUAUUUCCACAUGUUUCGUUCUGCGAAUAUACGAUUCUUUAAUAAUAUGGUUUAUGUGAUUAAAACGCAGGAAGAAGUUAUGGAAUCUCUUAUGUCCAUUGUUGAUAUGUUCCGCAUUGCCAUUGACAAUAUAGGCAAGUCUGAUGUUCAAUACAUCACUGGAGGUGUUUUGCAGCGUCGAAAAAGUAGAAAUCCAAUGCUGGAAGUACCAAAGGGCAUGCCGCGCAAUCUGUCCGAAUCUCAACUCGUACAAAUCAGUUCGAAAGCAAUAUUUAAUGUGGCUGGUCAAUUUUCCAGAUUGGGACAGUCACUUAAUCCGAAUAAAAACAGAAAUCCCAAUACAAGCAGCAACAAUCAGAAACAGGCAAAUGAAAUAGCCAAAAUAAAUCCACAGGUCAUGCGUCAGUCACAAACUUCAAUAGAACAUGCCGUGGAAGCUGAGAAAGCUACGUUUUCUGUGGGUCGUACGCAGCGCAAUUCCCACAGUAGCACAGACAGCGAUGAGAACGACAGCAGUAUUUAUGAGCCCGAAGUCGAUUCGGAUGUAGACUUCGCGCUCGCUGCAACUAAUAAGGUUGGUUCUGGAAAGUCGGGUUUUAAUGAAAACGACUUUUUGCCCUCCGUUGGCAUUGUCAUGGGAAAUACACAAGAUGAACAGUCGCCUCCCUCGGACGGGAAGUUGGAUCGUUUGGUGCAGAGGGAUAGCAUGGCUAAAAAUAGUGAAGAUGUCAACGCCAUUUCGAUAUCGUCGGUAACCGAUCACGUUACUAUGCCAACGGGAUUGUUGGAGAAUGCGCAACCGGUGCGUCCAAUAACGCCAAAUCCGCAAAUCUGUGUACAACCUGAAGUGGAGGAGCAGUCAGCAGUGCAACGUACCAGUGCAGCAGCCAAAGACCUCAACCUACCGCUGAGUAGUACCCCGGCCGAUUCCAGUAAAUUAAUGCAAUUGGCAAGCCCGUUAUCGCGCACAAUAGUGGUUAGUCCUUUGUCCAAAUUGGCCAAAGGUAUGCAAAAUAUUGGCUUGAAUUUGGAUCCUCGUAAAAUUGCGUCAAAGACUGGUGUAUUGUCACCAACAUCAGCUGACUACACGCCGCCAUCGGAACGACAAAAUAGUCGCGCUCAAUUGCAGGAGCUAUGGGCGGAGCAUCAAUGCGCUACCAAGCUGAUUGCAUUGUAAAGGGAAAUAUUAAAUAAAAGGGAAUAUUUUAUAGUUCUUAAGUAAUAUAUAUACAUAUAGUACAAGAUAUGAACACAUUUUGAACUGGACAAAGUGCGUUAGGUCAACACAAUAAUGACUUUGAUGGGAGCAUGCCCCAAAAAUUAACAAUUGAGGAAUUUUGCAGUAUUGACACCGCAACGCACUUGUACGUUAUAUACAUACCUACUUAUAUAAAUUUAUAUAUUUUUUUAAUAUAUAUUCAUAUGCAUUUUAAAUUGUUUUGUGAUAACGCACUUUCAUGAGUUGAGUAAGUUUCUUACGCCGCAGUUUCGAGUUAUAUAAACGCAAUUAUUUAAUUUCAAUUUAUUUGUUUUAAUGCGUUCUUGAAUUAUUAUAAUUUUAGUGAAUACGUACAUUGUGCAUGCUACAGUUAAACUCGUUUAUAAAUAUAAUAAUUAUUAAGUAAUGUUAAUUUAUGUUAUGCAAUUCUCAGAAAGCACUUAAAUCAGCAAUGCAACUAAAGCAAAAUAUUAUUCUUAAAGUAAUAAAAGAUUUUACCGGAAAAAUGUUUUAUGUAAAAAAACACUCAAAUUAAACUUUAGUGUAUUUUUUUUUAUUAGAAGCGUGAUGAAAUGCAGAAUUAUUGUUAUUAAAAACGCUAUUUUGUAUUAGCUCUCCUUUUACUUAACAAAUACAGUAUUUUUAUAAAACUAGCGGCAUUUGAACACAUUGCAUUACGAGUAUUGUUUCUUAUAUGAUGUAAAUUCUUUGUAAUAAAAAUUGUAUAUUUAUGUUUUAGGUCCAUAAUUAGGUUCUUUUGUAUUAUGUUAUAUUUGGGAAGAUUUCUUGAGUAUAAAAAAUAUGGAAGUUUUAUCUUUGCUUUUAUUCGAUAUUUACCAAACGAAAGUUGAAUAAUAGGCCAGUACAGCCUUUGAAAAGGGUAAAAAGUGAAGAAUACAUAUUAUGUUGAACCUGAUUCAAAAAGAAACAUAAAGUAACAAAAAUGAAAUGAAAAAUAAUGCACGUCGAUCUGAGGUCGGGACGGAAAAAGGGAUGGACGUGGUUGAAUUUUUAAAUGCUUAAAAAAGGUUUUCACGAUUAUCGGUAAAACUAAUCACACAAAAAAAUUAAAUACAAAGUUGUAAGUAAAGAAAAGAACAAAAAUUUUGUACUUUCAAAAUUUAUGUACAAAAAUGUGUUUUCGUUUACGAAAUUUGGUAGGUAAAAGAAAAUUCCCAAACACAGUGUAUUUUCUUUUAUUUAAAGUACCAUAUUUUUUCCCCCUUUACUUAACUUAAAAUCUUAAUUUUCAAUAAAAAUCCUCAAGUCUAAAUAUAUGCACACCAAAACCGACAAUUUAAUAUUAUUGUUUUUUUAUAUAGAAUAGAUUUUUUAAUUUUAAAGGAUACGGUGUCACUUUUUGGCAUAAUUCGCUUGUCUUUAAAAGUAUUCGCAAUUGAUAAAUUCCUCUUUGUUUUUUUUUACACGAUUCAUUUCCUUUUUUACCUUUCUAAUAGAAAUUAGUAUUUUUUGCUCUUUAACUUGUCAGUAAGAGUAUCAAUAUUAAAAAAAACAGUAGGAUCUUCUCUACUUUCAGAAAAUACAAUAAAAGAAACCACUAAACGAUUCAGAACAGUUGCUUUGCACAACUUUUUAGUAUACAAAUCGAGAUAAACCGUCUUUAAAUCUUAAAAAAUUCAAGCACGUCCAUACCCUUCCUCUUCCAGACCUCAUAUCGCCGGUAAAUUAUUUAUAUGUACUUUCUUUUUAAUUAUUUUGUAUUUCUUUUUAAUGGAUAAUUUUUAAUUAUGUAUCUACAAUGGUCUUGUUCUAAGUGCUGAUUGAAGCGUUUCAAUAAUAAUUUAAAAAUUAAAUGAUAUUGCUAAUAAAACCAAUAACAUACAUGAAAUUUGCAUGUUGAACAAAGUAGUCGUUAGUUGUGUAGUUUACUUUUGAGCCAAGCAAUUAUGAAACGGACACACUGUGCUUAUGAAAAUUAAAAAAAAAACAUCAUAAAAAACAAUUAAUACUCACUUUUACACUGUCGACUUGGAAGGCUUGCAUAUACAUAUAUGCACUACUUCCGCACAUACUGAGUUCAUCAAUACAUACACACGUACAUUUAAACAAUAAGAGCAAUUAGUUGAACCGAAACGACACAAAUAUAUUUGCUGAUAUUUACAUGAAAAAAAUAAAAACAAUUUUGCUGAUAUUUUAUUGCUAUAUACAUAUACAUAUACAUGCAUAUAUACACGGAUGAACACUCGGGUUUUGUUGAAGGGGUGAAAUUUGAUGAAAAAUUUAUCAACGAAUAUUAUACAAAUUAUUUAAAGCUAUAUAUAUUUGUACAUAUAUUUAAAAUGCUUACUAUAUAGAUAUUACUUGCAAAAUAGUCUUAAAAUAUUGGGAACUAGCGCCUAUAUAAUCCACCGUUUAAUGUGAAUCUAUUCGUAAUAGAGAUAAUAAAGUUAUUAACUCAAGCA